CUUUAACAUAUGGCUUCUUCAGGUGGCAGCUUGAACACUUCUGUAAACUCUCGCCCCAGCUUCUCUUGGUCAAACCAAGUCAUGGAUUCUUUUUUCAGUGACCUUGUUACUAGUAAUGAGGAUAUGAAUUGUCUUAACCAAGUCCGACCCUCAUUUAGUUGGGGAUUGUCCGACCUAAAUGAUCCAAGUGGCAUUGAAAUUUCGAAAUUCAAGUCAUUUCCACCUCCUUUUCUACCCUUCUCUCCUCCUCCUGUUUCUCCUUCAUCUUUCCUUACCUUUCCACCUGGUUUAAGCCCAACAGUGCUCUUGGACUCACCUUCUCUUCUUUCUUCUAAAGUUCUUCCAUCUCCUACUACUGGGACAUUUGAUGGUCUGGCCUUUAAGCAGGAGGGCAGUAACUAUUCUGGUUUCUCUUUCCAAGCCCAAACAAGGCCUGCUACAUCUUCAUCAUCCAUAUUUCAAACCUCUGCACACAAGAUUUCACCGGAAGAAUCAUUAAGAAGACAAGCAGAAGGAUUGAAUGCCAGUAAACUGAACAAUCAAAUGGAAUUCUCGCGGGGGAAACCGGGGGUGAAAUCAGACUUAGCGCCAGCCCGGAGUUUCUCCCCAGAAAUCAUUACAGCAACACAAACAAACAUGCAGAGUAGUGCUGCUCCACAAUCAAGCCAUGUUGUCCACACGCAACCAUCUCAGUAUAUAAGAGAGCAAGGGAGAUCGAGCGAUGGGUACAAUUGGAGGAAGUAUGGGCAAAAGCAGGUGAAAGGAAGUGAGAAUCCACGCAGCUAUUACAAGUGCACUUACCCUGACUGUCCUACAAAGAAAAAGGUUGAGAGAACAUUGGAUGGACAAGUUACUGAAAUUGUAUACAAGGGAUGCCACAACCAUCCCAAGCCUCAAUCUACAAGAAGAUCAUCUUCACAAUUAUAUCAAACACCUGGCUCCACUACUAUCUCAGAAUUUCAAAAUCAAUCACACGGAAUACAUGGAAAUGCACAAAUGGAAUCUGCGACAAUGCCAGAAAAUUCAGCAGCUUCCUUUGGAGAUGAUGACUUUGAUCAAGGCUCUCCAAUGAGCCAUUCAGGGGAUAACAAUGAAAAUGAGCCCGAGGCCAAGAGAUGGAAGGGAGAGAAUGAAAAUGAGGUUAUAUCAGCUUCUGGCAAUCGAACUGUACGAGAGCCAAGGAUUGUGGUUCAGACUACAAGUGAUAUUGAUAUCCUUGAUGAUGGGUAUAGAUGGAGGAAGUACGGGCAGAAAGUUGUCAAAGGCAAUCCCAAUCCAAGGAGCUACUACAAAUGUACAUAUAUGGGAUGUCAAGUGAGAAAGCAUGUGGAGCGAGCAUCCCACAAUCUGGGAGCUGUGUUAACCACUUAUGAAGGCAAACAUAACCAUGAUGUUCCUGCGGCUCGUGGCAGUAGCAGUUACACGGUGAAUAGGCCUUCAUCCAAUAUGAGCAAUAACAAUGCCCCCAUAGCUACAAGGCCCUUGGCCAUGACCAACCAUUCUAACCACUUAACAAAUUACUCUAAUUCCCUUCACAAUACAAGUCUAGCAGCAACACAAAGUCAAGCACCAUUCACUUUACAGGGGUUGCAGAGCCCAAGGAGUUUUGGGUUCUCGGGUUUCAGUAACUCGGCAGGUUCCUACAUGAAUCGGACACAACACAUUGAUAAUGCCUUCUUUGCAGCCAAGGAAGAACCUAAGGAUGACUCCUUUUUUGCCUCAUUUCUAAACUGAGAUUGCUCAGGAGUGAAACCUAUGAAGAAGUGAGGUUUCAUUUUCAUAUCCUUAUUAGGGUGGUUGUGCAAAAAAUGCACACGCAUUCAGCUCAGUAAAUGUCAUACAUUUAUUUCCACUUGUUUAUUUGGUUUGGGGGACUUUGAACCUUGAACAAGGGCCCUUAUUACUUUUUUUGC